ACGCGCAGUCUAAGGGAACGGCGCCUGCGCAGUAAGUGGAUUCUCUCUGACUGGUCCGUGGUGGCGGCCGCCAUUUUGCUGGGAACUGGACGGAGGUUUACGAGGCUUUCCGCCGGCUCCGGUGACGUCCUCGGCCUCCGCCGUCUUCUUGUGUGCGGAAUCUUCUCACAAGAGCAGUCGGAGGAGCCAUGGACGAUGACGGACAGCCGCGGACCCUGUAUGUUGGAAAUCUCUCCAGAGACGUCACAGAAGUCCUCAUCCUCCAGUUAUUCAGUCAGAUAGGACCGUGUAAAAGUUGUAAAAUGAUCACUGAGCAAACGGACAGUCGGAGAGUCGCUGCAUCUGUCGGAUUCUCUGUCAUACCAAACGCCAGCAAUGACCCCUACUGCUUUGUGGAGUUUUUUGAACAUAGAGAUGCAGCAGCCGCAUUAGCCGCUAUGAACGGGCGAAAGAUUCUGGGAAAGGAAGUGAAAGUAAAUUGGGCCACGACUCCGAGCAGUCAGAAGAAGGACACGUCCAAUCACUUUCAUGUGUUUGUUGGAGAUCUGAGCCCAGAAAUCACCACAGAAGACAUAAAAUCUGCGUUUGCUCCAUUUGGUAAAAUAUCUGAUGCCCGGGUGGUGAAGGAUAUGGCCACAGGGAAAUCCAAGGGCUACGGCUUUGUGUCCUUCUAUAACAAGCUGGAUGCAGAGAACGCUAUUGUGCACAUGGGAGGUCAAUGGUUGGGCGGACGGCAGAUUAGAACUAACUGGGCAACGCGCAAACCCCCUGCACCCAAAAGCACCCAGGAAAGAUCUUCUCUCACUUCAGAUAACUCCAAACAGCUGAGGUUUGAAGAUGUCGUCAAUCAGUCCAGCCCCAAGAAUUGUACCGUGUACUGUGGGGGUAUCGGCUCUGGAUUAACAGAUCAGCUGAUGCGGCAGACGUUUGGAGUGUUUGGUCAGAUCAUGGAAAUCCGGGUUUUUCCUGAGAAAGGCUAUUCUUUCAUUAGGUUUUCCAACCAUGACAGCGCUGCCCAUGCCAUAGUGUCUGUGAAUGGGACCACUAUAGAGGGUCAUGUGGUGAAGUGUUACUGGGGCAAAGAGACUCCAGACAUGACAAAAAAUUUCCAGCAAGUAGACUACGGUCAGUGGGGUCAGUGGAGCCAUAUGUACGGGGGCCCCCAGCAGUAUGGCCAGUAUGUCACCAAUGGCUGGCAGGUGCCAUCAUACGGCAUGUAUGGACAGAGCUGGAAUCAGCAGAGUUUUGGCGUAGAACAGUCACAGUCAGCCACAUGGAUGGGGGGCUUCAGCGCUCAGCCUCCCCCUCCAGCACAGGGUCCUCCAGUGAUACAGAACCCACCCGGGUACAGUAUGGCCAGUUACCAAACCCAAUGAAAGAACUUUACCAAAUGUCUAUAAUCCGCAGCGGCUUGUUACCUGGAGGAUACUAACUGGGGCCUAAUGGAGGCCGACGCAGGAGGGGAAUCCAUAGACUAUAUUUAUUUUAAGCUCAAACCGUUGUGCAGCCGCUGCCACCGCUAUCAUCUAAUGGACUGGUCGUUUUUUUUUUUUUUUGGUUUUUUAUUUUAUUUUUUGCUUUUUAAGAAACCUUUUUCCCCCUGAAGUUCAGGACUGGUCUUAAAUUCAGAUUUCCUUCUGUACACAAUAAAAGCCAUUUCAGAGAUGUGGGUGGAGGAGCCCCCUGUAGUUCUUCCUGUCUCCACAAGCUGAUUGCAGACGUGGUGUCUGAGGGCCCGGCGUGAGGCGCUCUGUAGCAAUAUGUGUUCUGUGUAUAUAACGCAAAGGUUUUGUAUGCGAUCGCAGCUCUGUCCGCUCCACAUCACAUGUCUUUCCUCCUUGGAUGUGUAUAUAGAUGUUCCCUGCAUGCUGCAUACAGCCCAUCACUUCUACAAUAUGGAGUCUGUAAGAACUGGGUCAAUGGAAGAGAAGUCACGGAUCCCAGAGAAGCCUUAAUUCACUUUCUGUGCCCCUCCCCAUAUGUAAAUUCAUUGUUUACGUUUAGGUGAGUUCUUUUGGGUUAAUAAGAGGAUUUUUUUCCUCUAUAACUGUUGUUUUUAUUUUUUUAACCAGAUUUGAUAAUUUAACCUUUUUUUGAGGUUGGCUGAAUCCCGUGCUGACGCCACUCAUAUUGUGGAGGCAAACACUCAACCACAUUUUAUUUGAGGAUUAUCUUUAUUUUUUAACCCAAUUAUAACUUGCCAAUAAAUUUUUAAUGAUAGAAUCAAACAAUGGCGCCU